AUGCCUACGACAAUGUCCUUUGUUAUACCGAAUCGUGGUCACCCCAGAGGGGGUGUGGCCGAAGCACCACAACUCUCGGCGCCUGUUAGCGCCACACAGUCGAAUCAGAAGAGCAGGGAAAACAUAGCUCAAUACGACAAUCAGCUCCAGUCACUGUUUUUUGCAGUGCUUCCACCCGAGAUCCGAACAGCUAUUCUAUCUAUGCUGCUUUAUGAGGGCAGCCCAACGCAACACAUUGCGCACUUUUAUGAUGGAAGCACCCGCUACGCCGAUGGGUUUGUCCGCUCACGAUGUGUACAACAGCCAGACUCAUUCAAGCACGUUGCUGAACAUCGCAACAUGGUCAAGAGUCCCUGGCGUGAUGGACACUGGCAUUGCGGGCGCCUGUCAACCCGUCACUCCACUUGGCGGCGACUUAAGCGUCGUCUCGCUGCCAAGUCGGCCGCCGCUGCCGCUGUACUAUAUCCUUCUCCUUCUACCUGUCCGCCACCCAGGCAGAGCGUCUCGCUGUCAUCAGGAACGUGGUCAUUUUCUCCACUGCCCACAGAAGGCUCGGAGGCUCCAGCUGGCAGCAGUGGUGGCGCACCCCAUGCCUUACAGUUUAUGACAGCUGCUGCUGCCAAUGCAGGACCCGACGGACCGGAUUAUCCAGGUGCCGAGAACGCUCUUUGUUCUCCCGUCCCGCUCUUGCUCAGCUGUCGUAGACUUCACGAUGAGACAGCUGAUGUGCUCUAUGCCUCCAUGACCUUUAUCGGUCUCAAACCCGUACGCUACUUCUUCCGAGAGAUACGACUUCGGGGACUGGGAGCCGGUGUGUCAGAGACUGGCUCAGCUGAAGGAGCUCGCUACUCUGGAUGUCAAAAUCUUUGUUUGCGAGCGAACUCCGGCACGGACCGUACAAAUGCUCCUCGAGCCGGUUAA